AUGAAGGGGACCUCCUUGAAUGCCGUCCUCGUUCUGGUCAUCACUGCGUGGGCUGCUUUUGCAGUUGACUUCCAUCUGCCUACUGGUGAAGGGGCUACCCCAGAAGACACAAAGGUCGACUGCAUCAACAAUAUAAAUCAGUGCUGGUUCUUCUCCUACACCAAGCCAAGUGAACCCAUAUGUGGCAGCGACCAGGUUACCUACAACAGUGAAUGUCAUCUCUGUUUCAUACUUCUAUAUAAAGAGUUUAACAUAACUAAACUGCAUGAUGGACCAUGC